AUGGCAAACAAGUUUGGAUUAGGGUCUAUACCUCUAGAAUCUAAAAAUCCCAUGACGACGUUUAUAAACAAAGCGAAACCUUUUUUCGUGGAUCAAAUCGGAGACACCUUACAAGGGGAUAUCGAUAUGAACAAUUUCAAAAUAACUAAUUUAAAGUUUCCAGGAAACGAUAACGAUGCCGUGAACAAGAAAUAUUUACUGGAUCAAAUAAACACAAUUCAAAUAGAUAAGGACCAUGUUGAAAAUAGAAUAAAUGACGGGAAAAGAUUCAUCAGACGAAAUAUUAAAAAUCUUGUGGACGAACCCAAACUACAACAAGAGUUAACGAGUUUGAAACGUCUUAUUCAAGUGGAUAAAACAAGUGAGUUGAUAUCUAAAUUAGACGAUAAGAUUAGGAAGAUUGAAAAACUAAACGCUUUGGAGAGAAAACUUGGCGAAUUGCUAGUAGAACUAGACAAGACCGCGGACAAAACCGAGUUACAAAAUUCGAUAUCCAAUUUGAACGAAAAGAUCGCAAAGCAAAAAUCAGAUGUUCAAGAUAUAAUUAACACACUUCCCAUUGACAAAGAUACGUUGAAACAACAAUUGACUGCUUUGGAUACUAAAAUCACGGACGAAUUAGAAAAAGAAGUGGGUGUGAUUAAAAACUUUCUUCAAAAUAAAUUUCGAGAUGAUAUGAAAAAUUAUAUUAAAGAACAGGUCAAUCUUUUGGUAUCUAGAAUUCAUGACGAUUUUUUGAGACAAGAGAGAAAGUUGAGCAAAUUAGAAGCUAUUGUCACGGACAAAUCGUAUUAUUUCAAUCUACCAUUCGAAAGUGACACUGUCUUCGAUAGAAAAGACCAAAUUUAUAAAUCAAACAAAUACGGAUUCAAAGCAGAAAUAAAAGUGGGUUCUCUCGCAUACGGAGAACCUAAAAACGUAUUCGAUAUCGGCGAAACGCAAGAGUUUUCUUUUCGAGGUAAUUGUCUGAUUCAAAUAGAGUUUCCCAUGAAGGUUAAAGUCAAUAAAGUAGUCUUCAAACAAACCGGUAAGGGCGUCAAACAUAUUUCAUUAUUCAAUGAUGGUAAUUUGGAAGAGAAUAUACGUUUGAUUGAUAAAAGGGAUCAGGAAAUUGAAACGAAAAAUGGUAAAUAUGUAGACACCUUUAAAAUGGAAGUAGAAAAUGAUAAGGAUAUCAUUGGAAUCAAAGAUUUGGAUAUGAUAUUGGAGACGGAAAAUCCACCAUCAAGCAACAUUGACAAAGUUCCACGACGCUUACACGAACACGGAAAAAUAGAAUCGAGCAGUCACGAGUUUUUACGAACAACAGACUUUGAAUACGUAAAACUAUAUUUCGCUUUAGGUGAAAAAUACACCUCUAUCGAUGUUCAUAAAAGUCAACAAGAACGAGAGUUUAUAGUACAUUUAACGUUUGUCGAAGGUUCCGACUCCAUCCUUCAUGCUGGUGGUUAUAUUUUUAGAGCCAAGAUAAACAUCGAAAAAGAAAAAAGAAAAUAUUCCUAUCAUCUUAAAGAGGACCAUACGAAAAAAGAAAUGUCGUUAGUACGCGUAAAUGUUUUUACUUUUAAUACUCGAAUAUUUAAGAAUACUAGGCCAAACGACCACGCUCUAUGGGAUAUUCCGUGGUUCUAUUUAUCGGAAAUUCACUUAAUUUAA